UUCACAUUCUAACUGAUGUCCAUCACAUUGGCAAGAGAUAUGUUUGCAGGACUACUCCUCUUUAUAUCCAGUCUGUUGGCUGUAGAUGCAAUGAGUUGCGAUGAGAAGAACGUUUGUGCUUUAGUGGGAUCGUCAGUGAACAUGAGCUGCAAUUUCUCAAAUGAUGAUGACAAUUUGUUGUCAGAUAUUAGAAAUGUAUUCUGGUUUAACAAUGACAACAAGAAGAAAUGGAAGGACAAGACCAUUCCCGAGGACUUGACAGAUGACAAAGCGUAUUCCGGACGUUUUAAGUGGGUGUUUAAUAUUUCAGGACGGUUUAUAAAGCCCAACGCCUCCUUCUCUAUCACGAAAACUCUCCAAGUCAAAGAUCUAAGAAAGAGUGACACCGCUGUCUAUCGCGUUAUGGUUCCGUCAGAGAACUCCGGAUGGAAGUUCAUCAAAACUGGAAUCACUGUUACUGUCACAGCUCUUAAGGUGACAAAGGAUACAACCACUGUGAACAAAGGACAGAAGGUAACACUGACCUGUAGCACCACCUGUACUCUGAGUGACAAUCUCAAACCCAACUACAUCUGGUACAAGAACGGACAACAGCUUACCAACGCAAAGACCCUGGAUGUCAACCUGUACCUAGACCCAGUCAGCAGUCAGGAUGCAGGCAGUUAUAUCUGUGCUGUAAAAGACAGUGAGAAGCUCCACUCCCCUGCACUCUGUCUCCUUGGUAACUGUUGGGAUGUGACACACCAACACAAGACCAUCUGCGCCUUCGCCGGGACGAACAUUGAACUCCGUUGCAAUUACACAUACCCCAGUAAUCAAACCAUCACAGACAAAAUCUGGUCAAAAUCUGGUGUCAAAUACUUGGACUACAAUGACCGCGUAGAGUACCGUGGUAAGAAGGAAAAAGAUUGCACCCUGCGAAUCACAGACCUGAGAGAGAGUGACUCUGGUUAUUACAAAUUCACAUUAAAAACACAGGGGGUUCCAAAGUACAGUGAUCCAUUUGGGGUCAAACUGUCUGUCACAAACUUACAAGUAGAAGUUACUCCUCCUGUUGCAAAGGAGGGAGAUCUAGUCAUUAUCUCCUGCAUGACCUCUUGUCCAAACUUCAGUGACUUACUUUUGUACAAGAACAACGCCUCUGCCACUGCCACUGGCAAGUCCAAGACAAUGAUCCUUGAUGCAGUCAGCAGUCAGGAUGCAGGCAGCUACUUCUGUGUUGUAAGAGGCUUUGAGGAUUUUCCAUCCCUUGCUGCUACACUGGUUGUGAGAUAUGGCCCUAAGAACACUUCAGUGUCCGUUAGCGGUGAAAUAGAGGAGGGCAGUCUAGUGACUCUGACCUGCAGCAGUGAUGCCAUCCCACCAGUGAAGUCUUACACUUGGUACAUGAGGAAUGGGACUGAAGUGACCGUCUUACAGACAGGAGCAGGAAGAGACAAGUACAUCAUCCCCAGUGUCAGUCUGGGAGACAAGAUCCAGUACUACUGUAGGGCUGAGAACAACAUGGGAGCUCAGAACUCUACUGCCUUGGACCUCAACACAGGUGUGUUUUUUCCAGGGUCUGUCUUGGCUUCUGUACUGGGGGUGGUUGGGGUUGUCCUGGCUGCUAAAGCUUCAGUCGUCAUCUACUGUACACUGAAGAGGAGACGCACAGCAGGAAGUGGUGUCAGAGGAGGAAGGGGUGUCAGACCAUGUAGUUGUGUCAGAGGAGAAAGUGAUGUCCGAGGAGGAAGUGGUGUCAGAGGAGGAAGGGAUGUCAGAGUAGUAAGUGAUGUCAGAGUAGAAAGUGAUGUCGGAGGAGAAAGUGGUGUCAGAGGAGGAAGGGAUGUCAGAGUAGAAAGUGAUGUCAGAGGAGAAAGUGGUGUCAGAGGAGGAAGGGGUGUCAGAGGAGAAAGUGGUGUCAGAGAAGGUUGUGGUGUCAGAGAAGGAACUGGUGUCAGAGGAGGAAGUGGUGUCAGAGGAGGAAGUGGUGUCAGAGGAGGAAGUGGUGUCAGAGGAGGUUGUGAUGUCAGAGCAGCCACACAAACCAUCUAUUAUGCCAAUUACGAUUCCUCAAACUCAGAUGUGAGUGAGACGACCAGCGCCUGUAUCUAUGAAACCAUUGAUGAUAUACACCUAGACCCUGAUGAGUAUAAUGACAUACAGGAUGACGACUACACAGGUCUUCAGAGAGAUGCUUGCCCAUCCUUGUAUGACACCAUCCCCGAGAAAGCGUCACCACAGGACCUGGAAUGAAGGGUUACCUACAACACCAAACCAAAGCUAGGCCUUACAGCUUUUUUAUGCCAUUGGCUUUGUUACAGAAUCCCCCUGCAGAGGGCAUUGUGGGACUCAUUUCCAGCCUGCUUGUUGUUGUUUAUGUCUGGCUGGCGACAGGUAGUUUAGCUCCCCCUCACAUGAGUGAUAAGAUCACCUACAGCUCGUGGCUUCAGCCAAUCAGACUGUCCCCAUGCACACCAUACUCUGCCCAUGCACUGAUCAUGUGUAAGGGAAUUUUAAUGUUUGUGCUUUUCUUAUAACUCAUUUCUGUGUUGUAUUCAUAUGCUGUUCUAAUAACCAAUUUCUGUAUUCAUGCAAGUGGCUGACUGUACAAAUCCUCACUUAUCAUUAUCUGCAAUUUGGCAGUACGCCCAGACGUUGUUUUGAGAAGGAACGAAAUAUAUCUCAGUUUCAAGGUCUCAGCUUAGAGAGGAGAGGAGAAGCAUCGUGAGGUGUUGGUCUGUCACAUGUUAUGAACCAGUAUUGGUCGGUCACAUGAAUGGAACAAAACAGUAAUGAUUCAUUAAUUAUGCUAGAUCAUGCAAAUAUAUUUUGUCUGUUUAUAGCCAUACAUAAGACAGCUGCUGGCACUGCCCAGGGAGAGCUUCUGAUUGACAUGUGUACUAUGGUGCAUUGAGUUGGUUGGAACCUCUCCAGCACGCUGACAAUAAACAAUGAUUCAUAUAAGAUUGACUUAGAGUGUUCCUGUGUAAGAAUUUCCACGACACAUGCAUCCUGUGAUUGGUCAGAUGCUCCUAGCUAGCCCAGCACUGGCCAGUCAGGUCCGUUGCACGCUCUCUGAAGCUUCUAAGUAUUAGCAGGGCAUGAUGGGUGGACACCUGGGAUGCGCGAUUACAAAGUCAGUUGUUGCUGUUGUUAUCAUUGCAGUAUGAGUAGCAGUAUUCUAUGUAGUUCUUAUUCCUGUUGCUAUUAUGUUACUACUGAUAUUGUCUGCUAUGGUUAGUCACUGUUUACUACUUCCUGUUUCCUAUAUAUUUAAAUUCAGUCCUUGCUCUUGUGUGUUGCUGUGCAAUAGCGCCUACUAUUUCUAUAAUAUACAGUCCUUGCCAUUAUUCUUACUGUGCUGUUGCCAUGCAAGUCAUUCAUCUGGUGUUACGAUGGAACACAUGGUUAAUAGGUCAUUGUUCUUCUAUCACAUCUCCCAUUCUACCCUACUCUACAAAUAUCUAUUCAGGCCAGUGUAUUUAUGUCCUGUAUAGCAUAUUCAUUAUGUCUCUGCUUCUGUCCAUUACACAACCAUCCCCAUGUUCAUCUUCCUCAGUGUGUUUAAAUAAAGUUCCUGUGUGGUAAUUCUUGGGCUUCUUUACUCCACUCUAACAUGAGACGGUGUCAGUAGGUCACACAGCAGUAAAAUACGUAGUGCCAGGUCACUCUCUUUCAGGCAUGUUGAAUAUAAUGAUGUAAUGCUAUGUCUGGUUGGAUGUGAGGUUCUGUUAGAGCAUGGGAUUAAGGGUGAUGGGGGGGUUCUG